UCUCCGUGCUCUUGAUGAGAGAGAAAUUGGAGAGAGAGGGAAGUCUCUGCGAAAAUGGGUUUGACCAUUCUCUCUCUCUCUCUGUCUUUCUCGUCCGUGAUGGGAUUCACACGCUAAAUUCCCUUUCUCAGCCUCUCCUUCCCCCCAAACCCUUCUCUUGCCUCCCAUAAAUCCUCCUUCAUCUUCGAACAAAUCUUGGUGUAGCCAAUUUUCUCUGAUUUCCCACUUUUGUCUUGAAUAUUCCCAUCAUACCCAUUUUAUUUUAAUUUUAAUUUUCUCGGAAAACAAAAUCUUGUCAGCUUGCAAUUGGUCUGUUUUUCCUUCAAGGUUGGCUUUGAAGUUGAAGAAAACCCAGAUCGGAAAAGCUUGAGAAUUGAAGCUUUUGAUUAAUGGGAAAUUGUUGUGUAACACCAUCUGUUCAAUCAGAUGAGGUACAGGAAAAGGGAAAGCGAAAAAAUAAAGAAAACCCAUUUGCUAAAGACCAUGGAAAUGGUGGAUACAAGACCCAUGUGUUGGACAACCCAACAGGCCAUGAAAUUGAGCAGACCUACGUGCUCGGUCGCGAGCUCGGUCGCGGUGAAUUUGGUGUAACAUAUUUGUGUACUGAUAAAUCUUCAGGUGAAGUGUUUGCUUGUAAAUCCAUAUCAAAGAAGAAGCUAAGGACACAAGUGGAUAUUGAGGAUGUGAGGAGGGAGGUUGAGAUCAUGAAGCAUUUGCCUCCUCAUCCCAAUAUUGUGAGCUUGAAGGACACUUAUGAGGAUGCCAAUGCAGUCCACUUGGUGAUGGAGCUCUGUGAGGGCGGUGAAUUGUUUGAUCGGAUCGUUGCUAGGGGUCAUUACACUGAACGGGCGGCCGCAGCUGUAACUCGCACAAUUGUUCAAGUCAUUCUGAUGUGCCACAAGCAUGGGGUUAUACAUCGGGAUCUCAAGCCUGAGAACUUUUUGUUCGCAAACAAGAAGGAAACAGCACCCUUAAAGGCAAUUGAUUUUGGGCUGUCUGUAUUCUUUAAACCUGGUGAGAGAUUUAAUGAGAUUGUAGGAAGUCCUUACUACAUGGCUCCUGAGGUGCUAAAACGAAACUAUGGUCCAGAAAUUGAUGUCUGGAGUGCUGGAGUUAUCCUUUAUAUCUUACUUUGUGGUGUCCCACCUUUUUGGGCAGAGACUGAACAAGGAGUUGCCCAAGCUAUCAUUCGGUCUGUUGUAGAUUUUAAAAGGGACCCAUGGCCCAAAGUUUCUGACAAUGCAAAAGACCUCGUAAAGAAAAUGCUUGACCCUGAUCCUAAGAGACGGCUUACUGCUCAGCAAGUGCUAGACCAUGCAUGGAUACAAAAUGCCAAGAAGGCUCCCAAUGUUUCUUUGGGUGAAACUGUGAGAGCAAGGCUCCAGCAAUUCUCUGUAAUGAACAAGCUUAAGAAAAGAGCUCUAAGGGUCAUUGCGGAGCAUUUGUCAGUGGAGGAAGUGGCCGGCAUAAAGAAGGGAUUCCAAUUGAUGGAUACCAACAACAAAGGGAAGAUCAACAUUGAUGAGCUAAGAGUUGGGUUGAAGAAGCUUGGCAGUCAGAUGCCUGAAUCAGAUCUCCAGAUUCUUAUGGAAGCU